AUGCCACACGCCACGCCCUGUAGCCACACCCCGUCAAGGCCCCGCCCCACGUCCCCCACCGCGCCCCUGCCCCUUCACCCCGCUCCCACGGUUGCACCCCACUCCACUCCUCUGGGGGUGCAUUUCCGCCCUGUGCCUGCUGAAGCCGGGAAAGGCCCCGGCGUGGGCAAACCUUGGAGCCGUUCACUCCCUGGCGUGUGGGUCUCCGCCUCGGACUCGGUCCUCUCCCGGGAGAAGGUCACGCGGGGCAUCUGUCCUGGAAGCUUCGGAAGAGGGCUGACCUGGACGAACGCAAGCGGCCGGCUGGGCCGUGGGGAGCCUGGGCUGCAGCCACGGCAGGCCCAAGUGUCUGCCCACCCCGACCUGCCCACCCCCGACCUGCCCACCCCCAAUGGCGCCCACCCCGAUGUGCCCACCCCGACCACGCCCACCCCAGACCUGCCCACCCCCAAUGGCGCCCACCCCCGACAGCGCCCACCCCUGACCUGCCCACCCCCAAUGACAACGCCCACCCCGACGGCACCCACCCCCAACCUGCCCACCCCCGACCUGCCCAUCCCCGACCUACCCACCCCCGACCGCGCCCACCUCCCACGGUGCCCACCCCAGACCACGCCCACCCAGACCACGCCCACCCCGACGUGCCCACCUCCGACGUGCCCACCCCCGAUGGACGGCGCCCACCCCCGAUGUGCCCACUCCCGACGUGCCCACCCCUAUGGCUUCUACCCCUGA